AUACUGGCUUUUCCCAAUUUGUCCCUUGAAUUUUAAAUUUUCUCUUCUUUUCCAGGCAACUCUCGCGAGCUUUGUAUAAAUACUUGCAGAGAUAAAUACAACAGCCACAGUUUCUCUCUUUCUCUUCUAUAUCUGUAUUGAACGCUCGGAGAAGUGGAGAACAUAACACAUUCGUCCUUGUUUUCUGAAACAGAACAACUAAUUAAGUUUGGAAUCCAUAUUAUGCAAGAAGACAUUGCUUUCGCUAAUUCGAAUUGAAGGGUGAUAUAAAGUCGGUCUAUUUCAAGCAUCAUAUCCAUAGUUAGCGUAUUCAUCCUGGUUAGAAGCUCCACCUCCAUCUCCACCUCCGUUUACAUCCUUUUCAAUUUGGUGGAUUUAGAAUAAUGUUGUGCCUCUAAUAUUGUUGUAUACACAAUUCGCAUGAAUUACGAAAAAUGGUGUUAAUGCCUGAGUCAAAUAGGUAGAUUGAAUUGGAUUUCAUACAUAUUUAGAAGUUUCAGUUUUUGUCGAUGUUGUUAUUGAUAUGCCAUUCAGAGUGAUAUGCCUGGACUACCAAUGGAUGUGGUGAAUGGAAUCAUAGUAUCAGAUGAACAAAAUCAGAACAGUUCACCUUACAAGGAAGGUUUUACUCAACAAAGUUCUCCAAGAAGUCCUUUGAGUCGGCGGAGUCCUCACAGUGACUCCCUUGAUCUUGCUAUUGAUGGCGUAAUCGACACCUCGAUUGAGCAGCUGUAUCACAAUGUCUGUGAGAUGGAGAGUUCUGAUAUGUCACCCUCGAUGCCUAGCAUGAUCUCGUAUGGUGAGGAGUCGAGGAUUGACUCAGAAUUGCGCCAUCUUAUUGGUGACAUUGAGGAAAUGGAGAUGACAAAGGAGGUGGUGGCAGAGAAUAAAGGAGAGAGUAAUAAUGGGGACUUGACUCCUCAGAAAGAAAAUAAGACUCUUGGAAUAAAGUCAUCCAAGAAGAAUAAUAACCAAACUCUGAGUGCUAAGAGGAUUUCUCACUUGCAGCCUGAAGGAUCUGCGAGAUCAAGUCCUAGGAGCAACUCAUCUCAUGGCAGACCUGAAAUGGAAAAGCGAAAUGAAAAGAUUAAUGGAAAGUCGAAUGUUGUCUUUCCCAGGAAGAAGCGGGAGAAUUAUGCUUUCGGGGCUAAGUUUCAGAAUGUAAUGGGUGAUCUUUCUGAGGAAGGAUUAGAUAAUCCUGACCUCGGACGAUUCUUGCUUGAACAAACAAGGAAUAUGAUUUCUGCUGGUGAGAAACCACAGAGGGCUCUUGAAGUUGCUCUUCGAGCAGUAAAAUCAUUUGAGGUAUGUGAAAAUGGGAAACCGGAUUUAGAGCGGGUCAUGUCUUUGCACGUUUUGGCAGCCAUACACUGCAGCUUAGGUCAAUACAAUGAGGCUAUUCCCGUGCUUGAGCGCUCAAUUGAGGUUCCAGUCAUAGAAGAUGGCCAAGAUCAUGCCCUAGCUAAAUUUGCAGGCUGCAUGCAAUUAGGGGACACUUACGCAAUGUUGGGUCAGAUUGAGAAUUCAAUUUUGUGUUACACAGCAGGUUUGGAAAUCCAAAGACAAGUUUUGGGAGAGAUAGAUCCUCGAGUUGGUGAGACGUGUAGGUACGUGGCUGAAGCACAUGUUCAAGCAUUGCAAUUUGAUGAUGCUGAGAAGAUUUGUCAGAUGGCCCUUGACAUUCAUAGGGAGAAUGGUGCUCCUGCUUCUUUAGAGGAGGCAGCGGAUAGAAGACUUAUGGGCCUUAUCUGUGACUCAAAAGGCGACUAUGAAGCUGCACUUGAGCAUUAUGUUUUAGCUAGCAUGGCCAUGGCAUCAAGUGGUACUAAUGAAUUAGAUGUGGCCUCAAUAGAUUGCAGCAUUGGAGAUGCUUACUUAUCUUUGGCACGGUAUGAUGAAGCGAUUUUCGCUUAUCAGAAAGGACUCACAGUGUUUAAGGCAAAUAAAGGAGAGAAUCACCCAUCUGUUGCAUCAGUUUAUGUUCGUUUGGCUGAUUUGUACAACAGGAUAGGAAAGUUCAGGGAUUCAAAAUCUUACUGUGAGAACGCGCUUCGAAUAUAUGGAAAGCCUAAUCCUGGGAUUCCCUCAGAAGAGAUUGCUAGUGGUCUUAUUGAUGUUUCUGCCAUCUAUCAGUCGAUGAAUGAAUUGGACCAGGCGCUUAGGUUACUUAAAAAGGCACUGAAGAUAUAUGGAGAUGCUGCUGGUCAACAAAGCACAAUCGCAGGCAUUGAGGCCCAGAUGGGAGUCAUGUACUAUAUGAUGGGGAACUACUCUGACUCUUACAGCGCUUUCAAAAAUGCCAUUUCGAAGUUCCGGGAAAGUGGAGAGAAGAAAUCUGCUUUGUUUGGGAUUGCUUUGAACCAAAUGGGACUUGCCUGCGUGCAGCGUUAUGCGAUAAAUGAAGCUGCAGAUAUGUUUGAAGAAGCGAGAAGCAUUUUGGAGAAGGAAUAUGGUCUCUAUCACCCUGAUACAUUGGGGGUCUAUAGCAAUCUGGCUGGCACCUAUGAUGCAAUGGGCAGACUCGAUGAAGCCAUUGAAAUCUUGGAACAACUUGUUGGAAUGAGAGAGGAGAAGCUUGGAACAGCAAAUCCUGAUGUGCACGAGGAGAAGCGCAGAUUGGCUGAGUUACUGAAAGAAGCAGGGAGGGUCAGGAGUAGGAAAUCCAGAUCACUCGAAAAGCUCCUUGACGCGAAUUCUCUGACAAAAUGAAAGAUGAUGGCAUUACGGUUUCAUAGCACUGGUGAUAAUGUAAAGAUGAAUGUCUGAUACAUUUGGAUUAUUUUUUUCCUAGAAGAGGAUUAGGUGGUUUGCUUUGUUUGUACAUUUUCUAUUGCCAAAUUGGGAAAAAUAAGGAGCAAGAGCUAGGAGUGGAUUUUGGUUUUCAAGUGCUUAUUGUCAUCUGUUGAGUGAUUGUAAAGGUUCUGUGUAUACUUACAUUAUUUAUUUGGUUGAUGAAAUUCAUUGUCACAUUCUUGUUCAA